GUCACGGAGGGGCGGUGAUUGAGAGGCGGCGGCGGCGGCAGCAGAAGCGGAGGCAGCGGCAGGCACAGAAGCUCCCGGGCAGCUCCCAAGGAGAGGCAGCCUCGCCGCGGACGGGAAAGGCUUCCUUUUCUUCCCCCUCCGGGUGGGCUCCUGUGGGGGUCCCCCCCCUUUCUCUCUCGGCAGCAGCAGCCCCUCCGCCGCCGCCGAGCCCCGUCCUCCGGCAGCCGCCUUCCCCCCUCCCCGCACCCAUUGACCACAUGAGGUUUUUCAGGUUGACCUUCAAGUGCUUCGUGGAUUGCUUCUGAUCCCCCCGCCUCCCUCCCCCGUGUACUCCCGCGGACAGUCCCUUCCUUCCUUCCCUUCCCCCAGGCCAGACCCAGACCCACACCACUACAGAGACCCCCGCCCCAAUUCCGCCCUCUUUCCGUCCCCUCUUCGCUUCGCCCCGAUCCGCCUGGAGGGGGGCGGCCGAGACUCCGGGGCUCCCCCCGGAGCCAUGGCGAAAGGGGCUUCUUCGGAAGGAGGAGGGGGAGGAGGAGGAGGAGGCAUCUACAGCGUCUCCUCCGGCGACCAACUGGACAAGAAGUCGGGGGGCGCCGCCGCUUCUGCCGCCGUGGCCGUGAUGUGCCAGGGAGCCCCCCCGCCCGGCAAGGGGGAGCCCCUGGAGCCCCACUGCCUGCCGCCCCCGCAGAGGGAGACCUGGACCCGGCAGAUGGACUUCAUCAUGUCCUGCGUGGGCUUCGCCGUCGGGCUGGGCAACGUCUGGCGCUUCCCUUACCUGUGCUACAAGAACGGCGGAGGUGUGUUCCUCAUCCCUUACCUUCUUAUUGCCCUCAUUGGCGGGAUUCCCAUCUUCUUCCUGGAAAUUUCCUUGGGGCAGUUCAUGAAGGCCGGGAGCAUCAACGUGUGGAACAUCGCACCACUGUUUAAAGGAUUGGGGUUUGCAUCCAUGGUGAUUGUCUUCUACUGCAACACCUACUACAUCAUGGUGCUUGCCUGGGGUUUCUACUACCUGGUGAAGUCUUUCACGGCCACCUUGCCCUGGGCCACCUGCGGGAACCCGUGGAAUUCCCUGGAGUGCGUUGAGAUCUUCCGGCACGAAGACUGCGCCAACGGCACUGCCCAUGGCAACCUGACCUGUGAUGAACUUUCUGACAAGAGGUCACCAGUCAUCGAAUUCUGGGAGAACAAAGUGCUGAAUCUUUCGGGAGGCCUAGAGUUCCCUGGGGCCAUCAAUUGGGAGGUGACCUUGUGCCUCAUCGCCUGCUGGGUCCUUGUCUAUUUCUGUGUCUGGAAGGGUGUCAAGUCCACGGGAAAGAUUGUCUACUUCACUGCUACAUUCCCUUAUGUGGUGCUCAUAAUACUACUUAUUCGAGGGGUGAUGCUGCCUGGAGCUCAGGAUGGGAUCAUCUACUAUCUCAAACCCGACUGGUCCAAACUGGCCGCCCCUCAGGUGUGGAUCGAUGCCGGGACCCAAAUCUUUUUCUCGUAUGCCAUAGGACUGGGGGCGCUCACUGCCCUGGGCAGCUAUAACCGGUUCAACAACAAUUGCUAUAAAGACGCCAUCAUCCUGGCGCUUAUCAAUAGUGGGACCAGCUUCUUCUCCGGCUUCGUGGUUUUCUCCAUUCUGGGCUUCAUGGCAGCAGAGCAGGGAGUAGACAUUUCCAAAGUGGCCGAGUCAGGGCCCGGACUGGCAUUUAUUGCAUACCCACGAGCAGUCACCCUGAUGCCAAUUGCUCCACUCUGGGCUGCCCUCUUCUUCUUCAUGUUGCUGCUCUUGGGCUUAGAUAGCCAGUUUGUGGGUGUUGAAGGUUUUAUCACUGGCAUCCUGGAUUUCUUCCCAACCACCUACGCCUUCCGAUUCCAGAGAGAGGUCACUGUGGCUGUCACCUGCGUCGUCUGCUUCUUCAUUGAGUUGUCGAUGGUGACUGAGGGGGGCAUGUAUGUCUUCCAGCUCUUCGAUUACUAUUCAGCAAGCGGCACAACACUUCUGUGGCAGGCCUUCUGGGAGUGUGUGGUGAUCGCCUGGGUUUACGGUGCUGACCGUUUCAUGGAUGACAUCGCCUGCAUGAUUGGCUACCGGCCCUCCUCAUGGAUGAAGUGGUGCUGGAUGUUCCUGACCCCUCUCGUCUGCCUGGGCAUCUUUCUUUUCAAUGUUGCCUACUACAAGCCAUUGAUCUACAACAACAGUUACACCUACCCCUGGUGGGGAGAAGCCAUCGGCUGGGGUUUUGCACUAUCCUCCAUGCUGUGUGUCCCUCUUACCGCCCUCUACAAACUAAUCCGUGCCAAGGGAACGCUGGCAGAGCGCUGGCACCACCUCACCCAACCAAUCUGGGGGUUGCACCAUUUGGAAUACAAGGUGCCCGAAUCCGAUAUUGGCGUUCUGACCACCUUGACCCCGGUCUCAGAUGGGAGCGCCAAAGUUGUCAUCUUGGAAAGCGUGAUGUGACCAACACCCGCUCACUGUACCCUAACAAGAAGCAUCAUUUCUCUGUGCCACUCGACCCCUGGGUUUUGGUUGGGAUGGGAGGGGAAUGCAUGUUGCCUGCCAUGAGCUGAGUUGGGGGGCAGUGCUCCCUGUGUGUUGGGAAAAGGUAUUACUGGUUCUUUAUCCACUUCCCACCUUUACAUCUCUGGGCCCAGAAUUAACCCUGGCUGAGCAGGAGAGAUAGCCAACUGCUUCGAUCUCUGAGUGAAAGGUGGGAGCUUUAAAGGCCAUAGGGGUGGUGGGAGGGACGGGGGGAAAGAGAGCCUUAGAUUUACAUUUUUUUAAAAAGAAAAAAACAUUAUUUUUAAAAAAUAAAGUAUUUUAAAUUUCUAUAUAUACAUUAUAUAUAAAUAAAAUAAAUAUAUAUGUGUGUAUUUAGCCAAAUGCAUGGGAGGCAGAGUACCCUCCCACCAAAUAGGUUGUAUUUUUGGGAUCCAGAAUUCCUAAACUUUUAUUUCCCUGCCCUCUGCAAUCAUACCUGGCUCCAGUUGGGAGAUCUGAUUCCUAUCUCCAACCGGUGUGAGGGAUGCAGAGUCACAGAGGCAAUUGGAAAAAGCAAGAAGGGUUAGAAAGGGCUAUGGGAACAAGGACACCUGGGAUUUGGAUGGGGAGAUAAAGCCAGUAGUUUGCAAACUGCUAGGGCCCUCUCCUCAACUCCUUCCCAGUUUGGUUGGGUUGUUAAAUGUGCUCGUUCUUACAGCAUGUCCACAGACAAUUGGGUCCAUGCAGUUGCCUUGCCUUCUGGCCCCAUUGCAAGGAGACUGAAUGUGACAGCAGCCCUUUUUGGCCUCUCUUGAUCAGCCAGUCUCAGUAUUACGGGAAGUCCCUUUCCCUACCUUUACUUCUCUGGCUGACAUUUAUAAUCAUGUGGAAAGGAAUUACAAUCUUUGUCUACCUGGGAGCUGCCAAAGCUUGGAAAAGUUAGCUCGUUCAACUACAACUUCCAGAAAUCCCCAGGUAGCUUAACAGUAUUCUAAAACUUACCAUUACCCCAAAGAGUAGGGAGUGUCUUUAUCCAUCCAUACAGCUGAUGGAGGAAAGAGCUAGGAUGUCUUAAUUCAGAAUAGAAAGGUUCUUUUGGGACAACCUUGCUUCUUUCCCACCUCCCUUCUCUUGUGAGCGCCGGUAGUGAGUGAUUUUUUUUUUUCGUGUCAGGAGCAACUGGAGUUGCUUCUGGCGUGAGAGAAUUGGCCGUCUGCAAGGACGUUGCCCAGGGGACGCCUGGAUGUUUUGAUGUUUUUACCAUCCUUGUGGGAGGCUUCUCUCAUGUCCCUGGAGCUGAUAGAGGGAGCUCAUCCGUGCUCUCCCCAGGUGGGAUUUGAACCUGGCAGCCUUCAGGUCAGCAACCCAACCGUCAAGUCACAAGGCUUUUAUCUCCUAGGCUACCGGAAGUUCCUAGUGAGUGAUGAAAAUAACCCGCCAAGCUCUUACGUCCUCAGUGGUGUUUUUUUACACACUGGAGGUUGUACAUUAGAAAAUGAAGCAGACAUUGAGUUGCCUCCCUCACUUGCAGUAUUCAAGACACAAGACCAUUUUGUACAGUGGCUGGGAGAUAUGUUCUCUGUUGUUCCUUGCCGUUUCAGUAUCUGUGUACCAGACUUGUGUGCUGGAAGAGAAGAGGAAUGUAGAAUUCUCCCUUAACAGAGUCAAUUUGAUUCCAGCAGAGGGUUCAAAGUGUUAAGAGAUUAAAAUAAAGACAAAAGAAGUGAUGCGAAAAGACAGGAAGGUUACAAGUAAGGGCCCUUCCACACAGCCCUAUAUCUCAGAAUAUCAAGGCAGAAAAUCCCACAAUAUCUGCUUUGAACUGGGCUAUCUGAGUCCACACUCAGAUAAUGUGGGAUUUUCUGCCUUGAUAUUGUGGAAUAUAGGGUUGUGUGGAAGGGCCCUAAGAAGAUGUGUUAUCUGGAAAUACCUCCCCACCCUUCCAAAUUGCCAUGGAGCUAGAAACACUCCUAAAAAAGAACCCAGGUGUCCUGUGUCUCCUAAGCCAAGACUAUGUUUCAGACUUUUCCCCUGCAUGAGAGAUAAAAUACCAACAUCUACCUGAAUAUCAAGGAUGGGGAACCUGCAGCCUUGCAGAUAUUAGACCACCACUAUCGUGAUUCCUCUCGUGUUCCUCAUGUAAGAUGGGGUUGAUGGGAGUUGGGGUCAAUCAGCAACCAAAAUCCUGUUCAGUACCAGCAGAUCCAUAUACAGUUGUGAUGUACCAGCCAAUCUUUUGGUGGUUGUGUCAGAUCCUUGCCAGUAAUGAGAGAUCUUUGCCAUUGCAGGUGCUGGGGACUAUGGGCAAGGGGCUACUGGAUACAUCCUUAUCUAACAAAAACAAGAUCCCUCAAACUGGAAUUACACAAGGAUUAUGGCCAUAAAUUGCAGGGCCAGUUUCCCCACCCCUGCUCUUCAUCUAGUAUCUGAUGUUCCUCUGUGCUCAAUUGCUCCUCCCAGAAGGCGGGGGACAACCUAUUUGUGGCUUUUAAUUUGCACAUUUUGUAAAAGAGAGAGAAACACUGUAUGUGUAUAUAUAUGUGUGUAUGUGCAUUUUAUACAUGCACGCACACGUCACUAGCAAACUGAACGUUAAUUGUGUGGAAAGCUACCCACUUCUCUAUUUUUUUAAGGAAGUAUGCAAGAAAGAGAAAUGAUGGAUUUUUCUUAAUAUUUUCUGCAGGGUAUACAAAAAUAUAUAUGGCAGAAGAAUGAGAGAUAUCACAGAAUUUUAUUUUGUGGCAAGAGUUAUAAAUAUUCUGUCUAUAUUUGUUUCAUAAAACAUACAUCUAUACAUAUAUAUAUAUAUAUAGACACACAUACAUGUGAGAUAACAUAACAAGCCAACCUCAUGAUAUAGGGAUUGGGAUAUUUGGGGUUUUAGGGGAUAGUGGGGUUGGGGAGGAGGGAUUUUUUUUCAGUAUAGCAGGUAGUGAUGGUGGAGGGAAAGUGGACAAGAUCGGCAGGGGGGUGGGUGGGGUUGAACUAAGCUGUGUCCACACUAGCCAACCCGUUGUGUGAUUUGUUCCAUCCUCUGCUCUGUGUAGCUUGCUUUUGUCUGCACCGGAUACCGUCUUCUGCUGAGAUCUGCUUUCAGGGCUUUUAAUGUAUUAAUAGCAGCUCCUUCACAUAACAGGUGAGACACUUCAGGCAUGACAAAAGUCCUGGCACUGAAAGCUGAGUGUAACUUCCACAUUCAGGUGCUGUUUAUACCAAGAAUACUAAUGGCCUAAUAGAAUAUGAACAGGAAAGGUUUCCAGUUCAUGCCCUGCCUAUAAGCCAACAUUUGGGAAUCUAUGGUUUGUUUGGACUAUGGGUUCCAGACUCCCCAGCCAGGUUGGUCCCUGUUGGCAGUCUGGUGGAUUCUGAAACACAACCAAUGUUCUGAAGCUCAGUUCAAAAGUAUUGUGUUUGCUCCUAUUGCAAAGAAGACAUUGAACUGGAGGGAUUCAUCAUCCUAUAAGAGUCCUUCUUAAGGCUUGAUGUUCAAUUAUUUUUUUAUUAUUGUUGUUUACUGUAUUUAUAUCCCGCCUUCCUCCCCAAGGGGACUCAAGGCAGCUAACAGUCACACACUUUUGAUCAAUUUAAAACAAAGCAAAUACAAAAAUUUAAAAAACCAAUUAAAUAAUACUGUGUGUGUUAGGUUACAAAUACAGUAGAGUCUCGCUUAACCAACAUAAACGGGAUAAGAAUGUUGGAUAAGCAAAAAUGUUGGAUAAUUAGGAGGGAUUCAGGAAAAGCCUAUUAAACAUCAAAUUACGUUACGGUUUUACAAAUUAAGCACCAAAACAUGUUUUACAACAAACCGAUAGAAAAAGCAGUCUCAACUGCGCCCCCGUAUGUUUUGCGCCCGAAGCGACCGCUUAAUUCGCCUCAUUGUUGGACCGGCUCUGGUCUCACUUAUAAAGGUUCAUAAGUAAGGCCAGCACAAAGAGCUUCUUAAACCAAAAUACUAAAUUCACUAGUUCUUUAAUGCAAAAAACCAAUAGAAAAAGCAGUUCAAUACACUGUAACAUUAUGUAGUAAUUGUUAUAUUUAUGAAUUUAGCACCAAAACAUUGCAAUGUAUUGAAAAAAUUGACUAUAAAAACAUUAAUUACUAAAAGGCAGACUGUGUUGGAUAAUAUAGAACAUUGGAUAAGCAAAGAUUGGAUAAGCGAGACUCUACUGUAGUCAAAAUACUAUAAAUACAAUUAAAAUGCAUUUUAAAAUACCAAAUCCCCCCGCCCAAUCCUAUAUUUACUUUUAGUGGGAAAGAGCACGAGACAUGCCUGUACCACCUUGCAUUGGAUCAUCAUACUUACUUCAUUUUGCUGUGCUCACAGCUGUCCCUGUAUUAGGCCUAAUAGUCUACAUGCAAGCUAUCUGCUAUUUCGUGCACUAAUGUAUGGAAAAAUUUGUCAUGUCUCAACUGUUUACUGUGAUGUCUUUUGGUGCCAGUUUGGGCAAUGAGUUUAGAUCCUUUCCAUUCUGGUCGUCCUCUUCUUCCAUCAGUUUGCUUAUCGGUCCCACUCUGGCUAAUUAUUGAAUGCUUACUUGAUCUGUUGCCUGCCUUCUAACCACUUAAAUAGAAAUAUAUUUGUAUAUUACCAAAAUGUCUAAUAUGGGUGCCUUUCUGAGAUGUUUGUCAUAUGAUCAGCCUAAGGUUGUAUGUGACUCAGUGUUAGAAUGAAAAGGCCAUCUUUUAACGUUUUCCUCUGUUGUUUCCCUUUAUGGUAGAUGAUCAGAGCCAAAAUAGCCUCAAAAGAUCUGUGCUUUUUAUUCUCAGCCACAAAAGUCAAGGCUGCCCUUCUGCCCCCCUGCUGUUCAACUAAAAUUGAACUUUGCAGUCCUCUUUCUCAGGCCCAUAUCUGCUCAGGUUCAACAAGCUUUAUUAACAGAGGCGCCCUUUCAGUCUUUUGCACUGGCCCACAUGUCCAUUUGUACAUGCUUCAUAAUCAUCUUUCCAGUAUUUUUAAAUGAUUUUUUUGCACGCGCACAUGCACACACCACUUUGAGCAACAUCUAAUGGGGGGUACAAAUCAAAUGCAAUUUUGUUUUGAUUUUUAAACAAAACCUACUGCAAUUGCAUCCCCUAAACCAGUGGCUCUCAACCUGGGGUCCCCAGAUGUUUUUGGCCAACAACUCCCAGAAAUCCCAGCCAGUUUGCCAGCUGUUAGGAUUUCUGGGAGUUGAAGGCCAAAAACAUCUGGGGACCCCAGAUUGAGAACCACUGUCCUAAAUGGAAAGAACAGCUGUUUUUCCACCUCCGUUAUAAGAAAGAAAAAAUUUCCUAUGUUGUAAACAGAAUACAAACAAUGAAAGAAAAAGCAGCAUGUAAGAACAAUAUGUUAAAAAAAGCAAUAUAUUAAUUUAAGGAUUCUGCUGUGGGAAGCAGAAGUCAGUUUUGGUACAGGAAAUGGAUAAAUUCCAGGUUAUUAUUCUUUUUGGCACUUUGGGAAAAUUAAUUAGGAUCUCAUCAAUCCUGUUAAAAAUUAUUGCUACUAACAUACUGGUCUGUUUUUCAUUUCUUUUCCGAAACAUCUAUUUCAAUGCCCUGUGGCUCCGACCCCAUACCCUUCACAAAAUUGUAAAUACUGUGCCAUCCAGUGAUAUUUUUAUUCACUCUUUCAGCAGUCCUAUUGAAUCUUUUGCUUUUCAAAGCCAUUCUGCUGCUGCCACUUGGACUUUCAGUAAUGUGAGCAAUGGUGGUCAUGGAGGAAUCAUUAGACAUAAAACUGGCCAGGGAUUACUAGCACUGUAGGAAUUAAUCCCUGGCCACUUGUGAUAAUUGAUGACCACUUUUCCGAUCUCGGUGGACAAUCACAUUAUAGGUUUGCCUCAGAGCUUAGGAAAGUUACCUUUUUUGGACGAACCCUUAAGAAACCCCAGCCAGGCAGUCAUGUGAUUCCAAAAUAAGUUCUGCUUUUUGUCCAGCUUGAGAUGGAAGGGGUGUUUCUAGCAUAGGAGUGACACAUCCCUUGCCAAUUUUACACUUCUCUAAUGGUUCCUCAUCUCUUCCCCAGUUCUCCUUUUCCGCAUAGCCGUUAGUGCUGGUCUCUGCCUGACACAGGCCCUGUGCCACCCCACAUUACCAGUAAACAACAGGACCUUUGAUACAGGAGUUUGAGGUUCCAGGACUUCAGACUGAAGAAGAGUUGAAAUUCAGCCAGCUUUUGCUGUGGGAGUCUCCCCGCCCACCAACCCCCCAUGCCAAAGGCUAUUAGCCACUGGCAUAGGUUGCCAAAUACACAGCCAUCAAUUUCCUCUCUCAUUCCUAGACCAAAGCAAACCUCUAAAGAGAUGAUAAAUUUAACUGCCUUGCUCAUAUAAUGAUUAGAGAGGAAUUUGAGCCCGCUUGCCAAUUAUCUGUACUCUUUUGUUCUUGCUCUCAGUCGGGCAGCACUCUCCUUACGUGCUGAACUGUGGCACUAGUUUAUUUAUUUGUACACACUUUUCAUGUUUCCUAUACUAAAAUGCAAGGCUAGAGUCAAGGUAAUAUGGCCAUCCAUAUUUUCCAUUAUUGGAUCCUGCGGACAUGAGUUGACAUGGCAUAGGAGGUGCAAGGUGAAUUGUGUAAAUAUUAAUUCUGGGCUUCUAGUCACAUUUGUGCUCUGAGAUCUGAGAAUUUCUAACCAGUCCCACCAGUUCCUGUUUCCAUGAGAAUUGUUGGAAUUCCUCUCUUUGCCCAUUCUCCCUGCGCAAUUGGGUCCCUUGCUAUGGAUAUUUCCAAGCACUUGUUGCUUCUGAUAAGAUGGCCGCAGCUUUGUGAAAGUGCCAAGUCUUAUUUAGUCUCCUUUCAAAGGAAGGAGCAAGUGGCUAUCACCUGCUCAGGGCCAGAUUUCUCACAGAAGGGCAAAUCCAUGUCUUCUCACACAUACACGCGCGCGCACAUGCACUCACGCCUGCAUUCGCAGCACUGUGGGAGAAUCUAAAUGCCGUCUUCCAGGGUUUCAGCUUUAACUCCACCAGUGUUGUCUCAAUGCCAAGUGUUGUUUCCAAACCGUCCCCUUUGCGCCCCGAGCCCUGCCUAGUGCAGGUGAUGUAUACUGUUUGUGGUUUUUCAUUUUUGUGCGCUGACUUUAUCAUGGAACAUAGCAAUAAAAGGAACCACCCUGACUUUCCAUCCAACUGAA